AUGGACUAUAUGUUAACAGCUUCAUUUCGUUUCAUGUCAGUUCCACGAAUUACAUUCUUAUGGAAUUUUUCAUUUCACAAGAACAGCCAUACACUAAGUUCAAACUCAAAUGGGCAGUCUCAUAAAUUAUUGAACAUAAGUAUGCGCACUAAAACGACAAAUAAAAGGAGAUCAUAUAUUGAAAUCAUUAAUGGAACGACAGAAAAUCCAAUCAAUAGUAAUGACGCUAAAUUUUCGAAAAAGGGUUAUGUCGAAAUUUGGAGAAAGCCAAGAAGAGAACAAAUGUACAGUGUAAAGACACUAUCGGAUAUGCAGGAAGAUAUUAAUAAAUUAGCACAAACAUUGUAUAAAUUAAGAGCAAAUGAAAAAGAUCAGCGAGAAAAGCCAUCGCAAGUAACCGUUAGUGAACCAAAAUUUGAGGAAGAAGAUCUUAGGUUAAGUACGGGUAUCGAUGGUUCUGUUGAGCGCCUUUCAUUCACUGUCCGCACUCCCGAUCGGCGAGUUCUCAUUAAGAAAUUUACUGGCAUUACUGUUUCCAGAACUAUUUUGGAAAUGUUACGAGAUCGAAAAGUGCGUGUCAAUGAAGUCGUUAUUUAUGAUUUUGCGAUUGUUUGCAAACCGAUGGAUACGUUGGAUAUUUGGAAAGGAGAAUUGGAGGAGAAUCCGGCAUUUGCUCAAAUAGAUCGUUUUCAAAUUCUUCAUAUCUUACAUUCUUCUUGUUAUCAAUAUUUUACCGUGCACGCCAUAGCCCUUAGGGAUUUAUUGGUCGAAAAUUGGUUUCCGUGGAAAAUUCCAGAAGUUGGAAACCAUCACCAGAUUAAUUAA